CUGUGGAUUUUCCUCUCCUUCAAUGGUCUAACAGUCAGGCGACGCGGUCUUACAGCACUGAGCGUACAGGCGAGCGACAUAACGGGUGUUCCCACUGUAGAAGCUGCGGAAAGGACCUCACUCAUCCAAGGCGGAAGACACUGCGCGCAGGGAAAAGUUUUUGCCUUUCACGAAUUAAACAAUCGCGGAGUUUAACACUUUUCUUAACCGCAGCCGGCGCCUACAUAACGUGGUUCGUCUGUGAUUUGUGACGUGAGUCUCGGUUUAAGUCAACUGAUCAUUAGGAAGCUGCAGGCGCAGCCGCGUCAAAUCCUUCCACCCUUCUCACCGCUGCCUCUUUCGUUUCAGCUGCUGUAGGUGCUCUCAGCCUGCAUUUGGCCUGCCCUGACUUUCCAUCAGGGUCUGCUGUUUGUGCUAGAGGACGUCCACUCACACAGGAGCUGCACAGCCAGCUGCACCGGCCCCCUUCACGCUCAACCCCUGCGCUAUGAGCAGAGGUAGAGGAGGGCCUUCCAGAGAACACUACCACAGGCAUCCACCACCGGACCUCCAGGCCAAGGAGAACUACCAUAGACCUGGCCCAGCCUCACCCUACCCUAGACCUGGCCCACAGCACAGCCCAUAUUCAAAUUACUACCACAGCCCCGCCCGUCCCGUAGGGCCCAUACAGCCCCCAGCUCCUUCUCUCAUCCCCUCCGCUCCACCUUUUCCAAACCUCAACAAAGUAGCCCCUAAACCAGUGUCCCAUAACAGCUCAGAUAGUCCAAAUCACAGUCCCAUUUCCUUUCACUACCAACAGGUAAAGUUCCUUAGUGGACAGAGCUCUGAGGCGCCACAGUUCAGAGCUCGCCCACGUGGAGCGGGAGGGGGAGUGGUGCCUGGAAGGCCGCCUGGUUCCUCAUACCAGCCCCAAACAGGUUAUAGUAGAUAUCCCAAUCCCAACAGCAGUCCUAGAGGUAGAGGGGGGUAUAGUCAGGACCAGAGCUUUGGAUACCCAUCUGGUGGCAGAGACCUGCGAGGCACCCUGGGCCCUCAACACCUGACUCACAACCAGCUACAAGGUCAAAACCACAACCAAUACUCCAACAGACAAUGGUGUGUCCAAACAGACUCUUUAUGUGAGAAUUUUCAAAGUUUGUCCCUUCAUCGAGACAGGCCCAACAGAGGAGGAGAAAGAUUUCAGAGACAUUCUGCACCUAGCAGCUUGCCGAAUCCGAGCUUUGCUAGGGUAAACAUCACUUUGACUCCUGACGUCCAGGACCAGGUUCACAGGGCUUUGGCUGCUUUGAAGCCAAGUGAGACUGUUUCUGCAAAGUUGUUAGCCAAAAAGCUGCGUCUGCCCAAAAAGAUAGUCAACAAGGCUCUGUACUCUUUGGAGCGCUCACAAAAAGCCUCCAAGCAAGGGCUCCUCCCUCCCGAGUGGACUCUUUACAGAGAACCUCUCAGAGGUGAGGAAGAUCAAAACUCUAAAGCACAAAGUCCACCUUCCCAUCAGUGUGUUAGCUUAGAAGACCCACAUCAAGCCAAGGUUGAGCUAAAAGCAGAAACAGAAGAAAACUUGGGACAAGUCAAAGACGAGGACUCUGACACUGAAUCUAGUUCUUUCAACUGCUCCUCUUUAGAGUCAUCUGACUCUGAAGAAGCCCAGUCACCAGCAAAAGGCCAGCACCAGGAGAAACAACAUCUCGGCCCUACCACCUCCCCUGAUCCGGAACUUAAUCUUCCCACAAUGGCAGACCAGAAGGAGCUCGUUCUCCAGUAUCUCCUGCAUUCACAGGAGGCGACUGCUCUCGCCAUAGCCAAAAAUCUGGGUUUUAGGACUGCCAAGCAGGUCAAUCCCACCCUCUACGCCCUGGAGAAGCAAGGUGAAGUCAUUAAGAACGGAGAAGUCAACCCUCCCACCUGGGAGCUCUCCACCCGUCGCAGAGAGAGAAUGAAGAGGAGCAUUAAAGCCGCACAGAGCACCCCAGCUGAGGGGGGUCAGAUGGAGGUAGAAGCUAGUAGAGAUGAGAGGGGAGGAGGGUCUGUCUUUCUGCCGUCACCACCACUACCACCAACACCAAGCCUCAAGUCACUUCCACUUCCAGAGGGUUGGAUUCUAGAGCAAAGUCCUGGUGAAGCGUCACAAUCCUCAAUUCAGCCCCCCUCCUCUACCUCAUGUAAAGACGAAGAGCCCAAUGAAGGACAGUGGGCCACUGAUGAAAUCCCAGAAUUUCUCAACGCCAUUCGCAGAGAGACAGACGCCGGGAAAUUGGCAGCAGAGAGGGGCAACAAUGUGGGAACUGUAGCUGUGUCGCUGGCCGCUCCACCUCCCCAGAACCUGUGGGCCAAAUUACAGGAGGUGAGAUUGAAGAACCCCGUCAGCGGACUUAUGGAGUAUGCCCAGUAUCUGGGCCAGAACUGUGAGUUCCUGCUUCUCGACCAGUCAGGACCCUCUCAUGACCCAAGAUUCCGUAUGCAGGUGAUGCUCAACGGGAGGCUCUUUCCUGUCGCAGAAGCUUCCAGCAAGAAGGUUGCAAAAAAGGACGCUGCUGCAGCCACCCUGCGCAUCCUCAUGGGAGAAAUGCAGGGAGGAGCGAGCGUGGGGGACGAGGGAAAUACGACCAGCUUGGACCAAGUGAUGGAUCUACUCCCAGACACCAGUGGGCCAACUGAAGGCAUUGGGGGAAUUUGUGGGACUGGUAGUGUGGAAGGGAUGGGGAUUACGGAAGGACCUCGGCAGCCACUGUCCCGCUCUCUGCCUGGUGGGAAGAAUCCAGUGUCUGUCCUGAUGGAGUACAGCCAGCGCAGCGGGAACCCCAUCGAAUUCAUCAUCACUGGGCAGGCAGGUCCACCACAUGACCCAAGGUUCAUGUACAAGGUGAAGGUCGGAGAGAGCUUGUUUUCAGAGGCCUCGGCUCCAAGCAAGAAGGCAGCCCGCCAGCUGGCAGCAGAAGAGGCUGUCAAAGAAUUAAUGGCUGACGGGAGACUGCAGCUCAACAAGCCCCAGUUGCCCCUUGGUUCUUCCAGUGAUAGCGAUGGCAGUGGUUCUGGGACCACAUGUCCCUCUUUGCCCCCCCUGACUGCAGAUGAGUUGCGAGCAGCACACGAGGCAGGGGUAGGGGACCUCAUCAACCACCUAAACAAUAAUGCAGUGUCCGGCCUUCUGGAGUACGCGAGAGCCCGGGGCUUUGCUGCGGAGAUCCGGCUGGUGGGCCAGUCUGGGCCCCCGCAUGAGCCUAAGUUCACCUACCAGGCCAAGCUGGGCGGACGCUGGUUCCCUCCAGUGUGUGCUUCCAACAAGAAGCAGGGAAAACAGGAAGCAGCAGAUGCUGCUCUACGGGUUCUGAUUGGAGAAGCUGAGAGGGCAGCCCGCACAGGGGAGCUUAUCCCAGCCGAGCUUCCAGUGAGUGGCAGCACUUUGCAUGACCAGAUAGCAAUGUUGAGUCACCAGCGUUUCAACGCCCUGACCACACGUAUCCAGCACAGCCUUCUGGGACGCAAGAUUCUGGCCACCAUCGUCAUGAGGAGGGGGGAGGGCCUGGGGACUGUUGUCAGCCUGGGAACUGGAAAUCGCUGUGUUAAAGGGGAGGAGCUGAGCCUUAAAGGGGACACUGUUAAUGAUUGCCACGCUGAAAUCAUCUCCAGAAGGGGAUUUGUUCGGUUUCUGUACAGCGAGCUGCUCAAGUACUAUGACAGCACAGAGGACAGUAUAUUUGAGCCAGCAGAGAACAACAAACUGCAAAUCAAACCUGACAUCACCUUUCACCUCUACAUCAGCACGGCACCUUGUGGGGACGGCGCUCUGUUUGACAAGUCUUGCAGCGAGGCGGGGGAUGAAGUCGAGGGCCAUCAGCCUCUGUUUGAGAAUGCUAAGCAGGGCAAGCUCCGCACCAAAGUGGAGAACGGCGAGGGCACCAUCCCAGUGGAGUCAAGUGCCAUUGUGCCCACAUGGGACGGCAUCCAGCACGGUGAGAGGCUGCGAACCAUGAGCUGCAGUGAUAAGAUCCUGCGCUGGAACGUGUUGGGUCUGCAGGGGGCGCUGCUCACCCACUUCCUGCAUCCAAUCUACCUGAAGUCCAUCACGCUUGGCUAUCUGUACAGCCACGGGCACCUGACGCGUGCUGUUUGCUGUCGGCUGGCCAGAGACGGUGAAGCGUUCACACAAAGUCUCCCUAAUCCUUUCAUGCUAAACCACCCAGAGGUGGGCCGGGUGAGUGUCUACGACUCAACGCGUCACACGGGCAAGACCAAGGAGUCCAGUGUGAACUGGAGCUUUCCGGACCAGCACAGUGUAGAGGUGCUGGACGGGACCACAGGCAAACUGGACGGGAACAAACUGGGCGUAUCCAGAGUGUCCAAGUCCAACCUGUUUGGUCUGUUCCGCUCUCUGUGCCAGCGGUGCAGCCGCGCUGACCUCCUCUCCCUGCCCUCCUACUCCCAGGCCAAGAUGUCAGCCGUUUCUUUCCAGCGAGCCAAGCAGCAGUUCUUCCAAGCCCUCAGCGUCCACGGUUACGGCGCCUGGAUCGGAAAGCCGCUGGAAGAGAAGAGUUUUGAGGCGGGGGAGGGUACCGGCAACAAUGGAGCAAGUGUCCCUGUGGGAUACGGCAGUAGUAGAAACGGAGGGGCAAUGGACUAUAAGUAAGAGGAGGUGUAGGGCGGUGCAGGGUGUAUUAUUAAGUGGGUUAUAUAAAUAUUUUGGGAGGAGAAAAGCACAAGGCAGGGGCAGAUUAAAGGAGUGGGUGUGAAGAUGAAAAAAAAGGACAAUCAAACAAAGUGUAGCCAGCGGCCAGAACUGUAUCUUGUGGUGGAACAUGGUUAAAGGCUGCAGAAGAAGAGCGAUGGAAAAGGACAGAGUAAAUGAGGGGACGUCGGCAAAGGCAAAGCCUGAAGGAUGAGUGGGGUCACAGAGAGUUACGGAGAGAUCCACGGCAUGUACAGAAUAUUGUAAACACUACAUGAAAAAGGAACUGGUUUGAAGUCACCAUAGUAAACACUGCUACUAAUAUGGGUUGUAUUAGUUUGCAAAAGAAUUCCUGUGUUUGUCAGCUUCCUCUUCACUGUUUAUAGCUAUGGUUUUGUUUCAAAUUGUAAUUUCAGUUUUUUCCUUUGUCAUUAUGGCGUUUUUGUUUGGCGUAUGCUGCUGUUGUUUUUCCACUGGUCUGUUUUUACGUGGACUCAUUUGGUUCUUUGACCAUUGCAGUUUGGACCCAGUUGAUUUGGCCUCUUCAGACCACUGUUUGUUGUUUCAUUUUUGCCACGAGAGUGCAAGUAGCUGACGAGUGCUGCUAAUUGGCAUUCAACCCAAUAUGACCCGCCAUGUAACAGUGCUUGUAAUUGUGAUUACAUUCAUUUACAGUUUAAAGGCAGAAUGAGUAGGAUUAUCAAAAAAUUUUUUUUAACCCUCUCAGUCAUCACUUAGGACCCACGAGAAGUGUGUCUGUACCUGCAGAGGCUCUGCCCUCUGCCUGUAUUCUCUUAGUUUGCUGUGUUCGGGACCUUUCUGGGCAUCAACCUUUGGGCACUGGGUGUGUAGCCCCCAGCCGAUAACAGUGUGAGGGCGGGACUUUAUACAAACAUAGCAGGUGCCAGAUCAUAAACACGCAUCCGAGAGAAAGUCACCAGCUGGGGACGAGGGGCCAUCUUUGAAUGUUGCGUUUACAAACCCACAUAUCCGACUCAUUCUGCCUCUAGGUCCUCUGUCAUGCAGUGCUUCUUAUUUUUGGAAAAAUGUGACGCUCUCAGCAGGAAUCUUGAUUUUUGACAAUUGCACUCAGCCUAGGUAGAUGUCAUGAGUAAACUUGGAGAUUAGUCCUUGCUCAGCGCAGUCCCAGCUUACAUUGUAAGAGGCUUUCACUGUACAUAAGAAUGUCAAUGCCAACUUUGAGUCUGAUCAGCGACUCACCAAACAUUCAUUGGCCAACUUUUGAGGCUUUAGCUUGUGUUCAUACUCCAAAGCCAUUGAUCAGGCCCUGUCUCUAAGUAAAAUUUUAAGUUACGGUACAUCCUCAGCUGUUCGUGCAUCCACAUGUUGUUGCUAUGGUUCCCUUUAGCAUCGCAUUGGUCAGUGCGCCCCUUUGAUCAGUCCAAUCAUUUCUCUGUGCUUUUAUGCUUUUAUAUAGAAAAUACUGAUGUCAUGAUCUCCGAGCAGUACAGUUGUUGUGUGUUUUUGAGUAUUUCUCCUUUUUGUCUUUACUCCUGUCAACAAGUUCAUCAGUAGCUGGCCAUGCUAGCAAGUCCUGGAAAGUCUCAACUGUCCUGCCUGCAUAUUGUUUUGUACAUCCCGAUACAAAACAGCUUUUCGGUUGUUUUGCAUGGCCAUUUCUUGAUGACUGCUAAGUGAGGACAGUUCUGUUGUCUGUGGAGAGCGUCUAGUCUGUUCUCGACUUGGUUAAAUGUAGAUGGAUGGUGCAAUAUAUACAUCAGGUAUAUACAGAUACAUGAACACACAGAUGUACAGUGGGGUCCAAAAGCCUGAGUCCAGAUCCAGAAACUCAUUUAUUUAGUAAACUUGUAAGUUGUGUGUUGAGAUUUUUCAGCAUUUGUUCUCAGGACAAUGUUGUGCACAAAAGCAACAGGUUUGUUUUGUUUUUUGCUUUUUAAGAACAGGAGAAUCCACAUUAUCCGAGCAGUCCUUCAGAGGAUGUCAGAGACGUGCUGUCAUACGUUCGCUUGCCUCUCUGAUGUUUAUUGUGUUUGAGGUCUGUCAUGUCAAAGUUAGCACUCUGGUUCGUGCACAGAGUCAUUGUUUUGCUGGAAAAUGAAUCUUCUUUCAAACUGUUUUAUGCUUGAAGUGGUGAUAUGCCUCUGUAGAGCCGAGGGGCACCUCUCUCUGGUCAAUGUGUGUAGAUCAGUUGUUGUUUUCUUUAAAGAUUAGAGACUAAUAAGACAUUUUGAUUAAUGUCUGCUCUAAAUAUGUGUGAAUAAGGAGCUUUAAAAGACAAAUAUUUGUAUUCAUUUUGUAAUCUUUAUCAUUAAAACAUACAGUUGUUGGUAGUGGACUCAGACUUUUGGACCUCCCUGUUUGCAAAAAUGUAUGUUUGAGUAUAUAGCUGUAUAUACAGUAUGUCUGUGUGUGUAUGCAUAUGUAUAGGUUUAAUGUGUAUAUUUUGUAAAUCAUCUACAAUUGCUUUUCUAUCUUUUUUUUCCUGAUGUUUUAAUUAAACUGCAAUGGAAUAUGCUGUUUUUUACCAAUAAAGUUUGGAAAGUAAGAAAAAUAAAAUAAGUAGCAUUGUUUCAGUGGA